AUGAGCAGCAUUGUCAAGAAAUCGUCGCACUUCGCGCCAAAAGUGCAGAAACGGGCCGUGCGCAGGCCGCCCGCGGCCACGCCGCCAGCGUCGCAAAUCACAGACGGCCUGCCCACGGCUAGCCAGGGCCGCGAAACCCCGGCCGAAAACGCGCGUUUGGGCGCCGCCACAGCUGAAAACACGCCGCCGCCGCUCUUCGCCUACUCGAUCCCGACCCAGGCGGCCGCCAAGCCACCAGCAACAGACGCGGCGGACGCCGCGGUGGACCCGACGCACAAGGCGCCGUUUGCCGCCAUUCCGGAGCACGCGGGCGCCGGGGACGCGGACGUGGACUACGGCGACAACGAUAUCUUCAAGCAGCCCAGCAUGCUCCGGGGCUCCGCGCGCAGGAAGCUGUCGGCGCACGCCGGCGCCGCCGGCGGCGGUCUUGGCCGGCGCAACAGCUUGAUGGCCGGCGCAGGCCCGGGCCCCUCGGGCUUGGGCGACGAGCAGGCGCACGCACGUGACCCGCCCGUGCCCAUCGGCGUGCCCCAGGGCAGGCCCAGCAAGAAGCGCAGCGCGUCUGUUUCACGUGGCGCCCGCCGGUUGCGGCGCCCCUCGGCCGUGGCCAUCGGCCCGGUCAAAGACACGGCUCAGGAAGAGACGGGCGCGGGCGCCAAGGUGGAGGCGCCUGCGGGCGCCGAGCCGGCAUCUCUGUCCGCUGCAGUGUUGGAACAAGACUUCGUGGUGGCGUUGUGCGAGAAAACCAACCGGAUGCGCAAGUUCCGCACGUCCGCGAGCGUGGAGAGCGACUUGCCGGUGGUGCCCAAGAACCUAGUCACGAGCAUCUCCAGCGUGCAGCAGCUCCCGCGGCGCGUGAACAAGGAAGACGAGGCGCUCUAUGCCCACGUCAGCGUGCAGGCGGACGCCAUGAGCAUGGCGGACCUCUGCAAGCCCAUGCUCCAGAUCGGGCUGACGUGCGAGACGUUUGCCUUGGCGGAGGCGGCCAAGAACAACAUCCGCAGGAAGAAGCACGAGCGGCGCGAUGCGCGCGAGAUGGCGCGGCUCCACCGCGUCUCGUACCGGCAGGCGCUCCGGGAGUUGCAGCGUGACGAGGCCUUGGACGCGGACGAGCAGCAGGGCUUUGACUUCGAGCGCGCCGCGCGCGAGGAGGAGUUGGCGCAGGCAGCCUCCAGCAACUUGAAGAUCGCCGUGGUGGACGGCCAGUUCCAGGUGGACCAGGAGUCGGUGAUCCGCGGGCGCGAGUUUGCCCCCAACAGCGACCACCGCACCGUGGAGUUGGAGAAUCUGUUCGAGGCGCCCGUCACGUCCAACUCGUAUUCCGGCAAGACGCACACCGACGCCUGGACCAAGGACGAGUUGGUGCAGUUCUACAACGCGCUCAGCACGUGGGGCACGGACUUCACGUUCGUCGCGCAGUUGUUCCCCUACAGGACGCGGCGGCAGAUCAAGAACAAGUUUACGUUGGAGGAGAAGCACAACCCGCAGCUCGUGGAGUUGGCGCUCCGCAGAAAACUCCCGCCGGACUUCGCGGACUUCUGCGCCAAGGCGUCCGGGGUCAAGUCGAUCAAGACUGUGGACGAGUUCAACCGCGAGCUAGCCGAGCUCAAGAGGGAGCACGAGGCGCACAUCCGCGACAUCAACUCGGAGCGCGAGCGCGCCAUCAAGGAGGACUUGGAGGCCAACCGCAAGCGAGAGAUCGAGAUGCGCACGGGCGCCAAGCCCAUGACCAAGGCCGAGCGGUCGCGCAUGAUCCGCCAGAACGAGGUGGUGGUGGGCGAGAUCGACGACGUCAAGCGCACGCGCGAGCUGCUUGACGCAGGCGGCGCGCUUUAG